AUGGUCUGAGAGUACAUAAAUCUCAAGGUAAAAAAUGCGUCUCUGUACUGAAGGGCUGUGCUUCACCUCAACUAUUUCAAAGGGGUUUCAAGUUGAUACGAGUUUUUAAAGUUGUUUUUACUGUUCUAGACGCCGAUUGACAAGAUUUCUACAUUAUCAACAGGAGAAACACUCUUGAAAACCCCGCUAAUCAUCUCUGUGGCCUUGAAAAAUAGUGGUGAGAGAACAAAGCAUCUCUGAAUACGGACCAAGGAGUUGCAACAAGCGUGGUGUAAAUAAACUGAGGGUGGCAUCUGACACCCCAAGGUACGGCUGCAAGAUAGCGCCAGACAACCCUAUAGUGACAGUGACCCAGGCCUGGAGUAUAGUUAGGCCGCCCAGUGCGUAUUCAUUCAUCCAGAGUCUGUUUCUCCCACCAAGCAGCGGGGCACAACUUUCCACUUGCACCAGAUGGAGGAGUCAGCGAGCCAUGAGACAAGCAGAGCCCGGCGGAUACGGCUGCUCAGACAGUUCAGCAAGGUGGCACGGUCGAGUUUGGGCACAGGGCUGAUGGGCACACUCUUCACGUACCCCGCCGUGCUGGUAGAAGACCUGCAAACACACGGCACCUCCCUCUACGGCACGCCACUUAAUAUAGACGGCAUGCAGGACUUAAUCGGCAGUCUUCUAAUGCUCUCCUCGCUACCCGGAGCGUGGCUGACUGGGGCCUUGGCAAUGCGUCUCGGGAGAAGGAAAGGAAUGAUGAUGAAUGGAACUUUUGCAUUCAUUGGCUGGCUUGCUAUGGCCCUCAUUCCUCACGCCGCUGGUAUUCUUCUGUCCAGGUGUAUUUCAGGUGUGGCUGUGGGAGGCAUGACUGUCAUCGUUAACUCAUAUGUGGCAGAGUUGGCGGAUGCAGAUGUGCGUGGGAUAAUGUGUAUGUGUCUCAGCCUCGCCAUCCUAGCAGGCCAGAUCCUGUCAGUGGUUCUGGGUUACUGCGUGCGUUACUUCACCGCUGCCUUUAUUAACGCCCUGGUUCCCGCUGCCUUCAUCCUCUUCCUCUUCUGGCUGCCCGAGUCACCCUCCUACCUCGUGGUCACAGGCAAGGAAGACAAGGCUGUCGAGGUUUUACUGGAUCUGAGAGGACACCACGCGGAUGUGAAGCAAGAAAUCAGUAGCUACAAGGAUUUCAAUAAGCAGCAGGAAGGAAGUACAGGAAGCUGGCGGACAUUAGCGCAACCUGACGUGCUCAAGUCACUAUUAGUGGUUUCUGGUCUCUUCUUCCUUGUGGCUUUUACAGGUUUCCUCGCUGUUAAUUCUUACUCAGUGCAAGUUUUCGAGGCAGCAGGCAGUUCCGUGGACAGCGGCUUGGCGUCUAUAAUUCUGAUGGUUCUGCAGUUUGCAGGAGGUAUUGUCAGUGUCUUCCUAAUUGAUGGUAUAGGGAGAAAAAACACGCUUUUCCUUUGCUUUUCUCUCAUGGCUGUGGGUCUGGGGCUCAUGUCAGCCUACUGCGGCGUGCUGGAGAGUGGCAGCACCACCACCACCAUUAUCACUGCCACCACCACCGCCACCACCACCGCCACUGUAUCAGCCACGCCCCCUGCCGUAGUGGGAAUAGAAGGCUGGGGAUGGGCGCCUCUUGCCUUCCUCGGCUUGUCCCAGACUGCAAUGUUUAUGGGGUUGAAUCUGAUGCCGUUUUUGUUGAAUCAGGAGUACUUUCCCACGGCCAUCAGAGCGCAGGCCUGCAGUAUCUGUUUUACCAUGUGGACUCUUAGCACCUUCACCACACUGCAGUUCUACACGCCCAUGGUAACUGUAAUGACGCAGGCUGGUCUCUACGGCUUCUACUGCUUCUUCUGCGUCAUCGGAAUCCCCUUCACCUUCUUCUUCAUCAGGGAGACAGCGGGGAAGGCCGUGGGGUGAGGGAGGAGACGAAGGGAGUGUCAGAAUACAAGUAGAAAAGUGUAUUUGUGUAGGAAUGUGCAUGUGUGUGUGUUUUGUCUCAUGUGUUUUGUGUUGUUUUAGCUUUUUAGUGUGGUCUUUUGUAGAAUGUAUGUUUUUAAGGGUUGUUGUUGUUUUUUUAAUGUUAUACCUCAAGGACACAAGGGUUGGUGAAGACUUAAGCCAUGUGUUGUCCUUCACAAAGUUGUCCUCGUUGAAAAAUAUGGUUGUCUGUUUUCACCUCUUAUUUCCCGUCCAUUCAUUUGUCUCAGUCUGGAAAAACAACAACUAAUUGAUAUUCUAAAGCGCUUUGUUGCCUCAUCACCAUUGUUCACACACACACACACACACACACACACACACACACACACACACACACACACACACACACACACACACACACGAAGGUAUGAGAGAAUAAAGAACACAUUAUCAGUCAUGCAUAACACUCAUUUUGUCAUUAUUACUUUUAAAUAAUAAUUGAUAAUGUA